AACCUUGUUCGUUUAAAUUAUCUCCAUUCUCUCGUUUCCUUGUCAAAUCUCUGUUUCAUACAACUCAAACGAAGGCAAUUGUUGGCCUCUGUUUUCUCAGAUCCUCUGCGCACUCAAGAAAUCCAAACUCUGAAAAUGGAGGAGACCCAUCAAAGGAAGAAGAAGAAAGUGGCAUCAUUUUGGAGUUGGGUCGUUGCAUCUAUCAUCUUCAGGCUUAUUCUAAUUUAUUUCCCCAAAAACCUCAACUUAGCUGCUCGCCCUGAAGUCUCCACUCCGCUCACCAGUCUCCGUCGCUUGGCUGAAGGUUUCUGGUUAAAGCAAUCGUCAAUGUCUCCCUAUGCAGGAUCUAUGUACCAUGGUUCCCCUUUGUUACUUUCCCUUCUCGGGCCACUCACUGUUAAGAGAAUUGAAGGCCAGCCCAAUCAUCUGUUUUUCAGUUUGCUUUCUGUGAUUGCAGAUGUUUGCAGUGCCAUGCUCAUUCGUGCUACUGGGAAAAAACUUCAGAUGGCUUAUAGUUAUAGUUUGAAAUCAUUAGGACUUUUAACACAACUUGGGAGUUCAGAGAUCCUCUCUUCUGGAGAUAUUGCUGCUCUUGUCUACUUAUGGAAUCCUUUCACAAUAGUGACAUGUGUUGGCUUGUCAACAUCACCUAUUGAGAAUCUUGCUGUCAUAUUGUGCCUUUUUGGAGCUUGCUCAAGACUAGUUCCCUUGGCUGCUUUUGGAUGGGUCAUUUCAACCCACCUGUCUCUUUAUCCUGCCAUUCUGAUUAUUCCAGUGGUUUUCUUAUUGGGAUAUGGUCCAGAUGCCCCUCCUAGGAAAUUAUUCAUGAAAGAGAAAUACAGUAAGAAUUUAGAUGAGUCCCCAAGUGAAGGGUUGAUGCAGCCAAAGCUACCCAUUGGCUUUUCUUGGAGACCAGUCAUUUAUUUUGUUUUCUGGGCUCUUUUAUGGUCGGUCUAUGUGUUGGUUCUAUGCAGCAUCUCUCUUAAACAGUAUGGCGGUCUACAGGAGAUGUUUACAAGCACAUAUGGGUUCAUCCUCACUGUGGAAGAUUUAUCUCCAAAUAUAGGCGCUUUAUGGUACUUCUUCGCUGAAGUUUUUGAUUUUUUCAGAAACUUCUUUUUGAUAGUUUUCCAUGUGAAUAUUCUGGUUAUGAUAUUGCCAUUAGCCAUACGUCUGAACCACCGGCCUUGUUUCUUGGCUUUUGUGUACAUUGCCAUCUCCUCAAUGCUCAAAUCUUACCCUUCAGUUGGAGAUUCAGCUCUAUACCUGGGUUUAUUGGGUUUGUUUGUUAACCAAUUAGCAGAUAUGCAAUUCAGCUUCUUCCUUUUUUGUGGAUAUGUUGGGGUUUCACUUCUUAGCCCUGUAAUGCACAAUCUAUGGAUAUGGAGGGGCACCGGGAAUGCAAACUUCUACUUUGCCACGGCUACUGUUUAUGCUUGCUUGCAGGUUUUGCUAUCAUCCCAUUAUUCUUUUCCGGUUGUAGCAUGAUAUUAUGUUGUUCAAAAAGAAAUUUUCAGUAAGGACGGAAAUGGCUUGUGUGUACAUAUUAAAAUCAUGAACAUCAUCCGAGGUGGAAUCCAUGAUAGAAGACAUAGUAGUAUCUUUUCUAGUUCCUGCUAAUUUUUCAUAAUCUGGUCUCCUUUUUUCUUUUUUUUCUCUCCAUAAUAUCCCCCACCUUUUGCAGACUAUAUUGGUAGUUGAGAGCGUAAGUGCCAUGCUCAAUCAUGACAGAAAGUUGAGAAAGCUACGUGUUGCUAAGCCUGAAGAUGCUAAAUCAUGACCUCUUGUGACCCUAACGAAGAUAUUUUUGGUCACUUUGCUUCUCCUGGCUCAACGCUGCAGCAGCCCCCCACCACACUCAUCAUACAGCAACUCGAUUUCCACCAUUCUCAUUAUUGAGUUUGUAUCAUUGACUUUCAGCUGCUAAAUGGUAUUGUAUCCAUGAAUCAAAUAGAAAACAUGUUACUCAAAAUCAAAUGAAAACCUGUUUGAAUCAGGUAUAAUGUAACACUGAAAACUAGUUUUCUCAAUUGACCGCACGUGUAUGCGAUAGUUUUCCAUUUGAUAGGUCACAACUGAGUAUAACUGAGUAUAAUGUUUUCUCUUUUCUCUUGGCCUGUUGUGGAUACUUU